AGUGGUGGAGGAGCAGCAGUGUUUACAAGCGUCAGCUGACCCGCCUCCUCCAGCCUUGUGUAGGUUACCGAGACAACUGUAACUCUUUUUAAAUGUGCGAUGGUUUUAUAGAAGUUUAUGAAAAAGUAAAAAGUCCAGAACAAAUAUGAUUUAGAAGAUGAGUCGUUCAAGUGGCUCCCCAACAAGUUUGACUGAGUUUGGGCCUCUAACUCCUGAUGAAAAGCCUCAGGGUUAUGGAUUUUCAUUUUCGAAGCUCUUUCAGAGAGCAGUUCGAGGAGCAACAGGUACAUCAAAAUUGAGCAAUUCAUCAGAUCAACCGAAGCAAGAUCACCCUAACCAAGUUGGGAGCAACAGAGAAUCCGACCACCAACCUGUGUUACGAUCAGAUUCUUUAGAUGGAGGACAAGGUUGGCUUGAUAAGGGGAUGAAUGAUACAGCAAGUGUGAGCUCAGAGACAUCAGUUACAUCAUCUGCUGCUUCAGUCAUUAGUAAGGUUGGACCAUCAUCAGGACAUGAUCGAACACUGCCAAAUGUUCUCACCAGGAUAAGGAACAUCAUAGAUAAUCGAGGGUCUACGCCUCAACAGUACAAAGAUUCUGACUUCAAGCAGUAUUGGCUACCGGAUAGUGUAAGUCGAGAAUGUUACGAAUGCGAAGAAAAGUUUACCACAUUCCGUCGAAGACACCACUGCAGAGUUUGUGGUCAGAUCUUUUGUUCAAGAUGUUGUAAUAGUAUGAUUCCAGGAAAGAUCAUUGGAUACACUGGUGAACUGCGAGUUUGCACAUAUUGUUGCAAAGUAGUCUUGUCAUAUCUCCAGUCAAGCAACUUGGCUGUUGAUGUAUUGGCAGAUCUGCGGGCAUUACAGGAGGAGUUACUGCCACCCACACCUGGUCAGUCUUUGGGCACAAAUUAUCAGGAUGCCUCAUUUUACAGCUUUUCAGGAUCAAAUACUCCUUUAGCAACACCUAGGGGAACACUCCGCAGGCGGGCCUCACUUGGUUUCCAAGAAGAGAAAUAUGCCACCAGAACUAGAUAUUCAAGUGGAGAUUUCCAAGCAUUUGGAGUUCACCGGGACAGUGACCAGAUGACUGCAGAACGGCAAUUGUUGUUGAGAGAUUCACAGCAGCUUCACUCUCUGUGGUCACACAUGGCCGGAGGGACUGGAUGUCUUCCAUUGGGUUCUCAUCGACAUCGUCUUAAAUCAUUCCACAACUGUUUCAUAGGAAGGGAUCUUGUACAGUGGCUCCUUGUUAAUGACAAAGCAUCUAGUAGAGCCUCAGCAGUAGCCAUUGGUCAAGCUCUUUUAGAAGCAGGUUAUCUGGUGUGCAUAUCACAGCCAGAGCAGGUGUUUGUCGAUGACUAUGUAUUGUAUCGUCCAAUGCGUCCAAACUGUGGAAAUUCAGAACCAGGGGUGCAAGAGGGUUUGAGUCGUACCCAAGAUGGUGGGCAAGAACCACUUUGGGUGAAGCAGAUUUCUAAUAUGGCUGAAGAUUCUGUGACCACAAGGGGAACGACUAGUAGUAAUAUGAUCUAUGAAGAACCUGACCAUAGUGUGGAAACACCAAAUUCCAUUACCUCGUCCACCUCGAACUACUGUUUGGAUCUGAACCUUCAGGACAAUGUUGUCUCUAUGAGAAAGCCUCUAAAUAUAUCCAGCAGACGAAGCAGCAUGGGUAGUGAUGUGGUUGACAGCAAGAGUUCUAGAGUUAGUCCCUUAGAAGAGGCACCAUAUUCCACAACAGUUUCUGCUGCACUCAGUGCCAGUGCUCAGCUGUCACUGUCCAGGGAGGCUCUGGUGGCAACCACUGCAGUCAUGGCUGAGGAAGUGUUACAGGCUCUGCGAGGUCAUGAUGGAAAACAGUCUCAGGCAAGAUCGGGCUGGCAAGAAGAAGGAAAUCACAGUUUGGAUAAUGAAGAAAUGGCUGUUCAUCAGAGACUAGAUGCUAUGUGGGGAUCUCAUGAAACUGCCCUUCUGUGUCAACUUCUUGAUUCAGGUGGCUUAUCAUCAUCUUGGGCAGAAGUAAUCCUGCCCAUUGUACACACUGUCACAGAUAUUAUCCGUCCAGAUGUCAAAAAUGACAGUGAUGAUAUGGAUAUACGGCAAUAUGUGCAGUUUAAAAAAGUUCCAGGGGGCAGUCGGAGUGAAUGUGAAAUACUAAAUGGAGCUGUGUGUACUAAAAACGUUGCAGACAAAUCCAUGGCUAUACGACUUAUAGACCCACAAAUUCUAUUGGUUGCUUCUACUAUAGACUAUCAACGAGGAAAUGACAAUAAGCUUCUAGCCCUUGACAAUCUUUUGCUGCAGGAAGCAGACUAUCUCAAGAAUGUUGUAGCAAAGAUUGUUUCCUACAAACCAGAUAUUAUCUUGGUUGAGAAGAGUGUUGCGUUCCUGGCACGAGAAUUCCUACAGGCUCAUGGUAUAACGCUAGUCAUGAAUGUCAAGCCAUCCGUAAUGGAGCGAGUAGCAAGAUGUACUCAAGCAGAAUUAGUAUCUUCAAUUGAUGCUCAAUUGACAAGACCUACAUUAGGAAUGUGUCACAAUUUUUAUGUGAGAUGUUAUUCUGUUUAUGGAAAAAACAAGCUAAAAACUUUAAUGUUCUUUGAUGGUUGUGCCACUCACUUGGGAUGUACUGUGAUUCUGCGGGGUGCCUCGAAUGCAGAACUUAAACGUGUGAAAAAAAUUAUGUAUUUUAUGAUAUAUGCAGUGUAUAACUGGAAACUGGAAAGAUCAUUUUUAAUUGACGAGUUCAUCUUAAUACCUCCGCUUCCAUCUGAAAGCUUUGACCUAGAAGACCAGGUAUUUGAGGAUGAACAUGAUCAGAAUGUGAAAUCUGGGGAUGUUGGCUCUGAAGAAAUCUCAGGGAAGAAUUCUGAUGAAUGUGAAGAUAAAAGUAAGAAUGAUCUUGAAGCCAGUAAUGAUUCUGCAAUCUCAACACUGUGUCUGGAAAAUAAUAUAAAUCAGUUAUUUAAAGAGUGUUUAGAAAAGGAUUCUGUCUGCUCCUCAGUUGAAACUCCUGUAUCAGUAGCUGGAACGUCAGACAAGGCAAAGUUGUCUCAAACAAUCAGUGAUUUCAGUGACCCAUUACAUUCGUAUCUUAAUUUAGGUGUUUCUCCACAAGAUGGCCCUCUUGAGUCUUUGCAUCACUCCUUCUCAGUAACCGAGUUGCCAUUCUCUAAUAGUUUCAGAAAAGCACUGGACGAGACUAUAUUCUCAUGUUCUCCUUAUUUGAAAUACAGCAUUCCGUACCUUGAAUCGGAAGCUGGGAGAAACUGCUUGUUACGAAAAUAUUUCCAGAAAAGCCUAUAUUUUUCUGUUCAAUUAGAAAAAGACAAUUUUAUGCGCCGCCCAAGAUUUUCAGAAAUGGAUGCAAAGGAACUUAAGGAUGAAAAUCAGAAUGUUGAAAUUAGAUUAGCACAUGAAUUCACCAAAUUAAAACUAACAAAAGAAGCUUGUGAUAAAGAUUUCCGAGGAGUUUUAGCAGACUUCAGGGCAAGGGGCGGGCAGAUGAGAAAUAUCUGCAGGUGUGAGGGAUCUUUCACACAGCCAAAGGACCAGAGGCAUAUACUUAGUAAUUUAUCACAGGAAAAAUCAGAAUCUCAUGGACAAGUUAUUGUCGAGGGGCUUUCCAUUGAUGGUUCAGGGUCCACAUCCAAUAUGGUUACCACCAACAACAAUAAUAACAACAAACAAAAUAUGAGUAACUUCUGGAAUGGACAGAGUGGCCUGAUGCUUACCUCUGAUGGCCGAGUGGAUGCCCUUCACCCUUUCAACCACCAGCGAUUAUCUCUUCUUUUCUCCAGCUAUUCCCAGUCAUCUGAGUCACCCCCUGCUUUCUGUGUUAAUCCUUGGGUUUUGACGAUGGAUUUUUAUGGAAGGAAUGAUAUUCCUCUUGGGGCCUUCCUGGAACGCUAUUGUUUUUGCCCCACAUAUCAGUGCCCAUCUAGUCAGUGUUCUGUAGCAGUGAUUGAUCAUAUUCGAAAGUUUGUUCAUGACACUGGUUGUGUGGAUGUUCUGCUGAGACGUCUUGAUACCGUCCUAGAUGACUCCAACUCAGGAUCAAUACUAAUGUGGAGUUGGUGCAAAAUAUGUCGUCAGGUUACUCCUGUGGUGCCCAUGUCAUUAGAAACAUGGUCACUGUCCUUUGCCAAAUAUCUGGAGCUGCGAUUCUAUGGUGGCAGUUUUACAAGGCGUGGAAUACCUGGCUGCCCUCAUUCUCUUCACCAUGAUCACUUUCAGUAUUUUGGAUUUAAAAAUCAAGUAGCAGUUUUUAAAUACAUUGGCAUUACAUUACGAGAAAUUGCUCUGCCACCAUCCGAGAUGAAUCUGUGCAUCCCUCCCAUUACUCAAUCAUCUGUUGUGGAGCUCAUCAAAGGUGUUGCUAUACAGGGCUACUCUGUCUUCUCUACAAUUUUUGAACGUGUUACAACACUGUCUUCAGAAUGUGGAAGUCGAUGGGAGCCUCUAAUUUUGGAAAUCACCGAGCAUCAGAAUAAACAACGCUUUACAUUCAGAGAGAAGAUUGAAAGCAUUCAGCUGCAGCUAACUUCACCGACAUUAGAGGCUCGUCGACUUCAUCCUCCCACACCCAACACAACUCAUGAAGUUGCCACAACAAUGCUAGCAAUAACAGAUCAAGUUAUUCUGAUCAAAAGGCUUAUUGCUCAAGUUGUCAGUGACUGGAAUGUUAAGGUUCAAGAUCUUGUACAGCUUCGUAAAAGAGAGGAGAAAUUAGAGAAAGCAAAAGUAAUGGCAACCAACAGUGGAGGAAGUGGUUUGCCUCGACAAUCUACAAGUACUUCUAUAUCAACCUCCUCGGCUGCAUCAGCUCAUGCCACCUCUUCCACAGGUGAAAUGUUCAGUGCACAGUCUCAUAAGCAGGGUGGCGAUACUGCUUCCGUAGCAUCUUCUGCUGCCUUGACUGGUCUCUCGACUGAUUCCCUCAGUUUGUCAGCCUCCUUCAGUGAACUACCUGGUCAAGAACCUUCUAAAUAUACCUCAAAUGAUGCUGUUGAAGAUGUGAUUGAUGAAGGACCUGCAGUCAGUGGCCAGUCAUCACCCAUCCCUCAGCCACAUGAAGCACAGGAUACAAGAAGGCUUCCAGGAGAAACAAGAGAGAAUUUUCAAAAGGCAGUAGGAAUUGUGUGUGAGACGCCUUCUGCUGUGUGCCUAACGGAGGAGAGGGAUCGCACCCUACGGGCCUUGGAUGCCCUCACUACCACCACCAAAUCACCACCACAUUCAGGCAACAGUGUCCUAUCAUUGUCUUCAGCAUCUAGUGAAAUACUUAAUAGCUGGGAGAAUGAAAGUGACGUCAGUGGAGGAUUGCAAGCUAUUCUCCCUCAUCAGGUGACAGACGCUUCUUCAGUGCUGCACCGCAGACAAGCAUCAGAUUCGUGUGAAGGGCUGAUUGGUGGAUAUUCAUCUACAUCUGGAUCACCCGGCCGAGGUCAUGAAAGAUCAUUGUCUGACGGAGGUCAGACUGGCUUACCUCGAGAUACUGGAGACCGCACUGCAGAGAGAAGACUUGCUGCCACAACAGUUAAAAAUAUAAUUUCAACUUUUUGGACUGCCUCUGCCAACUUAAUGGUUGAGUCUCCAUUUGGUGCUAAUGAACACUACCUACUAAUGCCAGAAGUAAAGAUCCCAAUAGUUGUAUAUGGAGAUGAACCUUCUUCCAUUAUUGCUCAUGCACUGGCUUCUCAGGAAUAUGAUAAACAACUAACAGCACUCAAGAAGAGACUUAAAGAAAUGCAAAAAGAAGUAAUAGUACUUAGGUCAGGAGAAAAAGAGUUGCUGCCUCAAGUAGAUGGGAUAACCGAAAUCUCCAGUGUUGAAGAUUCCGAGUUCUGCAUCUCUACUGCUGCUGCUACCGAUUCAGAGAAAAAUAAGUUGGCCAAGGACUUACACAUAGAACUGCAGUGGAAUGACCAGCAUGCAAAGUUUUACUGUAAGAUGUUCUUUGCCGAGCACUUUCGACAACUCCGUAAGAUGGUAUUUCCUUUUGGAGAAGAAUUUUAUAUACGUUCUCUUUCCCGCUGUAUCCUCUGGGAAGCACGGGGUGGUAAAUCUGGAUCGGUCUUCUGCAAAUCACAUGAUGAUCGUUUUAUUUUGAAAGAAAUGUCACGCUUUGAGAUGAGCUCAUUUCUUGACUUUGGGCCUGCAUAUGUACAGUAUAUUGUGAAUUGUGAGAAGGAACAGCAGCCAACCAUCUUAACAAGGAUUGUAGGUGUUUAUCGAAUUGGUUACAAGAACACAACCACUAAUAAGGCCCAGCGUAUGGAUGUGUUAGUGAUGGAGAAUUUGUUCUAUCAGCGCAACAUCACUCACAAAUUUGACCUUAAAGGAUCAAUCAGAAACAGACUUGUGAAUACUUCUGGGAAAGAGGAAUCUGAAUUGGUGCUGCUCGAUGAAAAUUUGCUGAGGAUGGCAUGUUCUUCCCCACUGUAUGUAAGACCUCACAGCAAGACAGUGCUAAAUCGAGCCAUUGCUGCAGACACGGCAUUUCUCUCACAGCAACUCAUCAUGGACUACUCCCUUCUUGUUGGCAUUGACAGUACAGCUAAUGAGCUCAUUAUUGGAAUAAUAGAUUACAUUCGAACCUUCACCUGGGACAAAAAAUUGGAGACAAUAAUCAAAGGAAGUGUGCUCGGAGGAGGAGCAGGACGACUGCCUACAGUAGUUUCACCAGAAGUGUACCGCACACGCUUUUGCCACGCCAUGGAUCGCUAUUUCCUUCUCACUCCAGAUAGGUGGACAGGUCUGGGACUGGGUAUUGAUCCUUAGUGUAUUGAGCCUUAGUGCAACAUUUCCAUCUCGUUAAAUUUCUAUACAAUAUUGCUCUCGGUAAAAUGUUUGCAGUUCAAUAAUUAUUGACAAGUUUUUGUGACUUUGUGCAUAUGUGUACCUAAAUGCACACAAAUGUGAAUAAGUGUGUGACAUGUGUUAGUGAGUAGUAGAGUGAGUGUGUUAGUGACUGAGAGUGUGAGAAUUCGCCCAAAUGUACUCGUCUAGUUGUAUUUGCAGGGUAUGAGCCAUGGAUUUUUUGGUUUUAUCUGUUAAUUCUUUAAUUGACUGGUGUGUAGGUUCCAGAGCCUAUUGGGCUUAGUCACAUCUACAUUUAAAGUUGUGUAUGGAGCUGACUUCUGCCACUUCUUAAUGCAUUCCACUUGUUCACUAUUCUGACAUUGAAAAUAAUUUUUCGAAUGUUUCUAUGGCUCAUUUGGGUAUAUAAUUUCCAUCCGUGUCUUUUGUACUACCCACGCUAAAUAAUGUCUUUGUAUUUUGUAUGUGGUAAUCAUGUCUCCUAUGUUUCUUCUCUCUUACAGUGAUGUGAGGUUCAACUCCUUUUGAUUCCUUGUAACUCAUGCCUCUCAACCCUGGGACUAGUCUGGUGGCAAACAUCUACACUUUCUCCAGCUGCAUGUGUUUUAACAAGAUUAGGGCUCCAUUACACAGUUGGUCUGUCAUAAAUGCUAUUCAGAACCCUGCACAUCUUUAUUCAGAUUCCUAGAGGCAGUUCUUAUUAGCCAACAUUCCAUAUAUAGCUGAAGUUAUUCUUUCAGUGUGGACUUCUGGUGAUGGGUUUGUCAUAAUAUCAACUCUCGAGACAUCUCAGUCUGAUUCCAGGAGGAUUUCCUCUUCUAUGUGAUACUUUGUGUCUGGCCUCAUCUUUUCCCUUACCCAGCUUUAUUACUUUGCACCUGGUUGAGUUGAACUCUAGUAGAGGGAUCAUACUUUCAUUGUGUUCAACUCAUCCUGUAGAUUCUUGCAGUUUUCCAUCAUAUUUAUCCUACUCAUAAUUUUUUAUCAUCAUCAGCGAACAUUUAGAGAAAAGAAUGUAUGCCCUUUGGUAGGUCAUUUACAUUGAUGAGGAUUAGGAUUGGCCCCAGUACUGACCCUCGUGUUACACCACUGGUUACAUCUCGCCACUGAUGUCUCUCCUCCCACUGUGACUCUGUCUUUGUUGUAGAGGUACUCCUUUAUCCACUGGAGUACCUUCCCUGCCACACUUGCCUGUUUCUCUAUUUUGUGCACUAGUCUUCUGUGGGGUACUGUAUUGAAGGCUUUCUCAUACCUCAAAAUUAUACAAUCUGCCUAUCCUUCUCUAUCUUGUCUGAUCUCGGUCACCUAUUCAUAGAACUUUAUCAAGUUUGUGAGGCAGGAUUUGGCAUCUUGAAAACCAAUCUGGUGUUUUAGUGUGUCUCAGUACUCUUUGUCAUAUAACACUUUGAAACUACUGAUGGAUUUGGCCUCCUCAACAUUCUCACUUAACUUGUUCCAACCAUCUACCACUUUGUUUGCGAAAGUGAA